ACCCUGACUUUCUGGAUUCAUUCCUUACCCCCACUCCCUGCCCUCACUCCCUAUGUCCCAAGGCUCUGGAGGCCGCUGCAGCAUCCCCAUCCCCAUUCCCCCAUGGAGAAGAGUGGAAAUACCGAGGGGGCUGCAGUCUCUGCACUGAGGCAGCACACACACAGUUCAACAGCCAUGAGAAACAUCCUCAUUUAAGUCUAAUCUUUAACCAAAGCGUUUCUAGCUUCGCUUUAGGUCGGGAUUUAACUGCUGCCUGGUUAAUCUUUCCCUUCCUGCAGCCACCCGCAGCCACCUCCCUCUCCCCGGGCACUCCCAUGCAGGAGCCUGCGGUGCUUUGCCCCUGUGUUUGCACUGGAGCUGCUCAGACACGCAGGGCACGGGCAGGAGGAAGAGCAGGGGGAGACGAAGGGUAACGCCAGGGUCUGGGAAGGGGCAGCAAAGGGGCUGCGCUGGGACCGGCUGCUCGGGCCAUGCGUGCUUGGGGGGAACCUCAGCAUGUCCCGGGGUGAAGGUGCAGGAUGGCUGCAUGGAACAGCAUCCAGGAGCAGCUCCCGGGAGACUGAGGGGGCUCUUCCCAUGGCCCCUGGGCUGGAGGGUCGCAGAGCCCCGGGGACACUGUGUUGGCAGGAGGGGGCAGGACAUCAUCUCCUUCCCACCUUUAUUUCACAGCCCGGAGGUGGAGGCCCAGGGGGGAGAGGUGGCACCAAAACCGUCAGCAGGCCACCCAUCCCGAACCCGGGAAGCAUCGCUUCGGCCAUCCCCAUCCCAUCUCCUCCCCCAUGGCAUGUGAGAGGGGUCCAGGCGGGAUAUGAAGCACCUCCAGGGCUCUCCACAGGGAAGCUGAGCUGAAAACAUCCCUUGGAGCUGGAUCCUCAACCCACACGAUGCUGAGCAUCAAGUUACCCCGGCUGCUCAGCAUCAACCAAGUGCCUAAGGGGUACCAGGAGCAGGGCAUCCUCUUUGGGUAUCGCCCGCCCCGGAGCUCGGCAGCAGAUUGCCUCCUCAGCGUCUUCCAGAUGACGAAUGAGACACUCAACAUCUGGACACACUUUGUGCCUGCCUGGUACUUCGUGUGGACCCUGGUGGGGCGGCUGCAGGGCCCAGGGGGCCGGGAGGACCCCAAUGCCUGGCCCCUCCUCGCCUACCUCCUGACCUGCUGCAUCUACCCGCUGGCCUCCAGCUGUGCCCACACCUUCAGCACCAUGUCCACCCGCGCCCGGCACAUCUGCUACUUCUUCGACUACGCUGCUCUCAGCAUGUACAGCCUGGGCUCCGCGCUGGCAUACUCGGCGUACAUCUUCCCAGCGGGAUGGGUCAACAGCACCUUCCACCACUGCUACGUGCCCAUCGCCGUGUUCAACACCGUCGUCAGCACCAGCCUGUCCUGCUACUCCAGGUUUCUGGAGGUGGAGCGGCCCAUGCUCAGCAAGGCUUCCCGCAUCCUGGCCUUCGUGUACCCGUACCUCUUCGACAGCAUCCCUCUCUUCUACAGGUUCUACCUGUGCAUGGCAGAGAGCUGCACAGAGGCUGCAAUCCCGGUCCAUUACAAGCACACUGCCUUUGCCUUCCUCACUUGCUUCAUCUUCGCCAGCCAUCUGCCAGAGCGACUCGCGCCAGGACACUUUGAUUAUAUUGGGCACAGCCACCAAGUUUUCCACGUCUGUGGGAUCAUCGGCACGCACUUCCAGAUGGAAGCCAUCAUGAUGGACAUGGCCGAGCGGCAUGACCGGCUCCUGCCCUCCUCGCUGCUUCCCUCCUCCCUGCAGACCCUCGGCUCCAUGGGCAUCUGCAUGGCCAUGAACCUGGCUGUCAUCGGGCUCUGCUCCGCGUCGCUGCGCUUCAUGCCAGAGCCUCUACAGAGAGAAAAGCCACACAGGCAUUAGCCUUCGGGUCUAGAUGGUGUUGAUGCUGCUCCAUGGGAGAGACUCCAAACAAUACGUGGAUGGGUGAGGAGUUUCUUCACCUACGCUCUCUGAGAAAAGGUGUAUUUAACAUUUUCUCAAGGGGAAACCAUAAUUGCACUGGGUUUUGUACAUAUAGCUUCAAAGCUGGGGACAGAUGACGAAAUGCUCUUAAUCAAGUUGCUGUUUCACUACAAGAUGUAUUUAAAAUACUCAUAACUUCUUCUAUCAAAGGGAAAUAAGCGCUAAUGCUUCCCAAAGCAAUAGGCAUUCCCCAGGUCUGCCUUACGGAGCAAUCAGGGAGGCAAGGGAAUGUGGGCAACACAUCUGGUCACACAGAUGUCCUUGUCAUUGGUUUAAACCAACAGCCGAGCCUCUUUGGUGAAGGCAUGACCAAUGGCUCCCUCCGGGGCUCCUUAACUAAGGUUUUCACCUUGAAAGUGGCAUUAUUUUGAGAUUAAAACCUCAACUAUCCGUGUUACACAGCCUUACACUAAACCCAAGUGCCUGACACAUGUGGGAUUGAGACCAGAGUUUGGCUAUGUUCUAAAUGCACCUAUUUUUAAUCAUGACCCAAAAAGAGUUACUCUAAGAGAACUCUCCAUGGGAUGUUCCUUCAGAAUAGCUUUGUUUUGGGUCCAAUUCUGGUGCUUAGGUAAAUCCUCGGAAACGAAUGUCCAUGGGGGAGCUGAGCUCCUGCCUGCAGUUGCCCGGUGGCUGAUGGAGCCCCAGAGCAUGGGGGGCACCAUCCUUCCCUCCUGUACAGACACCUCCGUCCUGGUCACAGCCAGGCUCCCCUAACCUCAUUUGUGGCAUCAAACAUGAAUGGAGGAAGAAACACCUGCACCCAUGAGGCGAAGAGGUGGAAUUCCUUCCAGGCACAGUUUUGUGACAAGCGAAUAGGAUGGGGGUGCCUGGGAAGAAUCAGACAUCCCCAUCAAACAUGAGCUGAGCAAGAAGCAGGAGCCUGCGCAGUGCAGAGCCAUGAGCUGUGCCGGAUGAAAGGCAGGAUUUGGAGCGGCUGAUGCAUGGGGGGAUCAAACCCUGUCAUGUUAAAGCAUUUCCAGAGUUAGACAUCAGCCCACCCAGCAACAGCCCUGUGCUCUGCCUGUCCCUCCCGGCUCUCCUUGCUGCUGUGUCUGGGGUUUGCAAGGAGAAGCAGAGAGCACGGAGAGAGCCUGGAGGUGCCAGCUCAACCGGGGUGGAAGCUGUCACCUUGGAUUUACCCAGCACUGCACACGAGGUGCAGGAACGUGCGAUGCAGAGAUGACUGCUGGGGAAUAGGAUCAAGCUCCUUGAUAAUCAUACGGGUGUGACAUUUGUUGUGUGUAUAAAUGCCUCUAUCAAGGUAUAAUUGAUGCACUUUUGAGUGACAAUACAACGGCUCAUUACACCUAUCACGAGAUAAAGAAGUCUUUCUGAGAAAUAGCUUUCUUUUGAAAGCUGACCAAGAUUUAUAUUAAUAUUUAUAAGCACUGGAACAUAAUUGUUUAUUCAACAGUUUUAUUGCAUUAAAAGAGAAAACUAAUAUAACUCUCGCACUGAUCUACACAGCCUGAUUUGUAUAGUGCCAUAAAAAUGCUGCCUGUGGAAAUCAAUCACUCCAGAGAUAAUUGCUAAUAAUUGCAAAGCUUAUUUACCUGGUGUGCUCGUGUGACUGGGAUGGAAUCUGGCUCUGUGUGCGAGACGUGAUCUAAGAGGCUGUACGAUUUACAUCAAUCCUUACACAGUUUUUCUUGGUUGUUUCACUUUUGGAUUUGGGAAUUCCUCUCGUCCUCUUCAGGUGAAAUUAUUUGUAGGAAAACUAUAUUAGAAUAUAUCACACUGUAUUUUCCAUGACCGUUAUCCCUCUGGAUCCUGCAGCGCUUUGCAGGGAGCCUUUGGCACAUACUGGAUGAGUGAACGUUUGCUCCUGAAGCAGCCAGAUUUCUUCCGCAGUUGGAGACGGGCCUUCAAAAAAAUCUAUUGAAUGUACUAAAUUAUAUUCACAUAAAGAAAUAAAAACUCUGUGUCAAAUUGU